UGUAGCAGAGCUACUUGCUAAUGUUGCUAACACGGAAACAGCCCAGCGUGCGGUGCUAGGUGGUAAGUUAGCAUCAGGGUAAACCUACGAAAGAAGGCGUCAGCUUUGGUGUGAAAGCUUUCAGGCUCGGAUCCGAGGUCCUGUGCCAUUUUUCUUGAACUCAUCCAUUGCUACUAUCAUGGCUGCGUUCCCGAGUUUUAUUUUUGUCUAAAUUAAGGAAUUGGAGGCGGAUGGACUAAGUUUUGGAUUGGAACUAGGAUUAGGACACCUUCUACAGCUAUUUGUGAAAGCAAGAAGUGAUCUUAAAGUCUGCCGGUGCCCCCCCCAUUCUGUGUCAGCAGUGCCAUUCACUCAACCACCAUGUCGGAUGGCCGGAUCUAUGUGGGGAAUCUUCCCGUGGAUGUCCAGGAGAGAGACAUUGAGGAUCUCUUCUACAAAUAUGGAAAAAUCCGUGAUAUUGAAUUGAAGAACAAUAGAGGAACUAUCCCCUUUGCCUUCGUGCGAUUUGAAGACCCACGGGAUGCAGAUGAUGCCGUCUAUGGAAGGAAUGGAUAUGGAUAUGGAGACUCCAAGCUACGUGUAGAGUAUCCUCGAUCCUCUGGUGCUAAAUUUGGUCCUAUGGGAGGUGGUGGUGGAGGUGGUGGUGGAGGAGGACAAGGAGGUGGACAAGGAGGAGGACCUAGGGGAAGAUUUGGACCCCCAACUCGAAGAUCUGAAUUCCGGGUCAUAGUGACUGGGUUACCACCAACUGGGAGCUGGCAGGAUCUGAAGGAUCACAUGCGCGAGGCAGGAGACGUUUGUUUUGCAGACGUGCAGCGCGAUGGCGAAGGCGUGGUGGAGUUUCUCCGUAGAGAGGACAUGGAGUAUGCACUGCGUAGACUGGAUCGCACUGAGUUUCGUUCACAUCAAGGCGAGACUGCUUACAUCCGUGUCUAUGAGGAGAGGGGCACUCCCAACUGGGGUCGGUCACGGUCCCGCUCCAGAUCCAGGGGUCGCUAUUCACCUCCCUACCAUAACAGAGGAUCCCCCCCUCCACGCUACCAGUCACCUCCACGCCAUACUAUGUCCCGCCAUAGUCCACCCCCAAGGAGGCACCCUCCACAGCACCAUAGCCCACCGCCGCGUCAUUACCGGUAGAAAGUCUCAUCAUUUGAUGAAUUUGAGGAAAUGUUUUUGUAAUUCCUUUUUUUUUUUUUUUUUUUUUUAAACCCAGGCUUCCUCGUAGGAUACAUCGUUAUUUCUUGAUGCAAAACAUUCCAUGGUCAGGAUCACUUGAACACACCCUGCUCCUCCCCACAGCCUUAAAGAUUUUUGUCUUUUAAACACCCACAUGUGUUAUCUGGAAACAGAAUCGUUGUUUCUUUGUGGUUUUUCUUAGCGAGGUAGUUGAUCGUCAUAUAACACAUUGGAGGUUUCUUUUAUAAAGAAAUCCUGGGUUGUGAUGUCAAACAUUGACGGGAACCAGUACAUGCGCACACACAUACGCGUAAAUGUCCAAAACAAAUGACGCUAUUCUGCAGCUAUCAGGCUUAAAGGUCAUAGUGCUUCUUACAUUUUUGACUAAAUUUUCCUUUUUGUGUGUCAUAUUUCUGUAGCUUUAAAUAUGAAGUUUUUUGCCAAUCCAAGAACCUGUGAAGCUAUUAAAUAUCCUCCUCUGACUCAAAACGUGUAAAGUUAGUGAGCCUUUUUAAAGUAGUGACAUGUUGACUGUGAGCCUCACCUUUUUUUUAUUUUAUUUUAUUAAAUGUAUCAGCCUCUCAUCGAGGUGGCCUGUAGGUGGACUAUAAUUUGUAUGCAUCUCUAAUGUUUUUUUCUUUACCAAUAAAAUGCAAAGUUUUA